UGGAAGCCCUAAGUACUCACAGUCACGGAUCUCUCGCUAUAUUACAACCUUAAACCCCUCCAUUUCUAGCUCGUCCUCAUCUUUUCCUCAAUUUCUUUGGCAAUAUUCAGUAUCUCUCAAUCGUCAUCCAUGGCUGCUACUGGCAAGAAGAUCAAGAUCGGAAUCAACGGGUUUGGAAGGAUCGGGCGUCUCGUUGCUAGAGUUGCUCUUCAGAGAAACGAUGUGGAGUUGGUUGCCGUUAAUGAUCCCUUCAUCACCACUGAUUACAUGACCUACAUGUUUAAGUACGACAGUGUCCAUGGCUCAUGGAAGCACCACGAAAUCAAGGUGAAGGACUCUAAGACCCUUCUCUUUGGUGAGAAACAGGUUGCUGUCUUUGGUUGCAGGAACCCUGAGGAGAUCCCUUGGGCUGAGACCGGUGCUGAGUACAUUGUGGAGUCGACUGGUGUCUUUACUGACAAAGACAAGGCUGCUGCUCACCUCAAGGGUGGUGCAAAGAAAGUUAUCAUCUCUGCUCCAAGCAAGGAUGCUCCCAUGUUCGUUGUUGGUGUGAAUGAGAAGUCAUACAAGGCUGACAUUGAUAUUGUCUCUAAUGCUAGCUGUACCACCAACUGCUUGGCUCCUCUUGCUAAGGUCAUCAAUGACAGAUUUGGCAUUGUUGAGGGAUUGAUGACCACUGUGCAUUCAAUCACUGCCACUCAGAAGACUGUUGAUGGCCCCUCUGCCAAAGACUGGAGAGGUGGUAGAGCUGCCAGCUUUAACAUCAUUCCCAGCAGCACUGGAGCUGCUAAGGCUGUUGGCAAAGUGCUCCCUGCUUUGAACGGAAAGCUGACUGGUAUGGCGUUCCGUGUACCUACUGUUGAUGUAUCCGUUGUUGAUCUUACCGUCAGGCUGGAGAAGGCAGCCACCUAUGAGCAGAUCAAAGCUGCUAUCAAGGAGGAGUCAGAGACCAACCUCAAGGGAAUCUUAGGUUAUGUUGAAGAAGACUUGGUGUCUACUGACUUUGUGGGUGAUAACAGGUCUAGCAUCUUUGAUGCUAAGGCUGGUAUUGCUUUAAAUGAUAACUUUGUAAAGCUUGUUGCGUGGUACGACAAUGAAUGGGGAUACAGCACGAGGGUUGUUGAUUUGAUCACCUACAUGGCCAGCGUCCAGUAGAUGAUUGUCUCUUCAUCGUGCCCUACUCUGUGAAGCUGUAUGAGUCUGUUUAAGGUUUUUUUUGAGAAUAAUGACUGGUGAUGGGAGAGGUCAGACGUUUUCGUGAUUAAAAAUCAAAAGUGGGUAUCUACCAGGUAUCCGCAUGUUAAUUAGAAUAUGUUUUUCAUGAAGUGGGAAGUUUUUAAGGUCUUGGGUGUUUGCCCUUGAAUGUAUUUUAACUGAACCAUCAACUGGAUCUCUAGCAAAAUUUACGUUAAUCGACUUGUGUCCGUUGCGCGUUU